AUGGAGUUAUCAGGAUUGAAAAAGAAGAGUUUGCUAGGACUCAAAGAAAAUAAUAAAAAAUCCAACACUAGGGCUCCCUCACCAACUAAGCGCAAGGAUAGGUCUGAAGAGAAAUCAAAGGACCGGUCAAAGGAUAAAGCAGCCACUAAGGAAUCAGGUGAAAAGGAUCGUGGUCGAGACAAGACACGCAAAAGACGCAGCGCGUCCAGUGGGAGCAGCAGUACCAGAUCCCGUUCCAGCUCAACUUCCAGUUCAGGGUCCAGUUCCAGCACUGGUUCUAGCAGUGGCUCUAGCUCCUCUUCGGCCUCAAGCCGCUCUGGGAGCUCCAGCACCUCACGCAGUUCCAGUUCCAGCAGCUCCUCUGGAUCUCCAAGUCCAUCUCGACGGAGACAUGACAACAGAAGACGCUCCCGUUCCAAGUCCAAGCCACCCAAGAGAGAUGAAAAGGAACGGAAGAGGCGGAGCCCAUCACCCAGACCUACCAAAGUGCAUGUUGGAAGGCUCACUAGAAACGUGACCAAGGAUCACAUCAUGGAAAUUUUCUCCACUUAUGGAAAGAUUAAAAUGAUUGACAUGCCAGUUGACAGGCUGAAUCCACACCUCUCUAAAGGUUAUGCAUAUGUGGAGUUUGAGAACCCAGAUGAUGCGGAGAAAGCCCUGAAACAUAUGGAUGGAGGCCAGAUUGAUGGUCAGGAGAUCACUGCCACAGCUGUGCUGGCACCACGACCUCGGCCACCUCCCAGACGCUUCAGCCCACCCAGGAGGAUGCUGCCGCCACCACCAAUGUGGCGCAGGUCACCUCCUCGCAUGAGGAGAAGGUCCCGGUCUCCCAGGCGCAGAUCCCCUGUUCGCCGGCGAUCAAGAUCCAGAUCUCCUGGACGAAGGCGCCAUCGCAGCCGCUCCAGCUCAAAUUCUUCACGAUAAAGCAAAGAGACUGGACAGCUUUUUAUUUUUUAACUUAAAUUCCAUCAGACAAAAUAUUGUACCUUUUUUUUUUUUAUAAUGGGUCUGGGUGAGGAGGAGUGUGAGAUAGAGAUAUAAACCAGGCAGUGAAGGCAACCUGAGAGGAGAGGGCAACACUUCCCAGCCAGUAGCUAGCCCUUGCUGUGGGCUUCUAGUUUCCUGGCAUGUAAUUGAAAUUAUAUAAAAA